AUGGGCAACCGGGGCAUGGAGGACCUCAUCCCGCUGGUCAACCGGCUGCAGGAUGCCUUCUCCGCCAUCGGCCAGAACGCGGACCUCGACCUGCCGCAGAUCGCCGUGGUGGGCGGCCAGAGCGCCGGCAAGAGCUCGGUGCUUGAGAAUUUCGUAGGCAGGGACUUCUUGCCGCGAGGAUCUGGCAUUGUCACGCGACGUCCCCUGGUCCUGCAGCUGGUCAAUGCUAACACAGAAUACGCGGAGUUCCUGCACUGCAAGGGGAAGAAGUUCACUGACUUCGAGGAGGUGCGCCUGGAAAUCGAGGCCGAGACCGACCGGGUCACCGGUACCAACAAGGGCAUCUCUCCGGUGCCGAUAAACCUGCGGGUCUACUCGCCGCACGUACUGAACCUGACGCUGGUGGACCUGCCCGGAAUGACCAAGGUGCCGGUGGGAGACCAGCCUCCAGACAUCGAGUUCCAGAUCCGAGACAUGCUUAUGCAGUUCGUCACCAAGGAGAACUGCCUCAUCUUGGCGGUGUCCCCUGCCAACUCCGACCUGGCCAACUCUGAUGCCCUCAAGGUGGCCAAGGAGGUGGACCCCCAGGGUCAGCGCACCAUUGGGGUCAUCACCAAGCUGGACCUGAUGGAUGAGGGCACAGAUGCCAGGGAUGUGCUGGAGAACAAGCUGCUCCCCCUGCGCAGAGGCUACAUUGGGGUGGUGAACAGGAGCCAGAAGGACAUAGAUGGCAAGAAGGACAUCACGGCUGCCUUGGCCGCUGAGCGCAAGUUCUUCCUCUCCCACCCAUCCUAUCGCCACCUGGCUGACCGCAUGGGGACACCCUACCUGCAGAAGGUCCUCAACCAGCAACUGACGAACCACAUCCGGGACACACUGCCUGGGCUGCGGAACAAGCUGCAGAGCCAGCUGCUGUCCAUCGAGAAGGAGGUGGAGGAGUAUAAGAACUUCCGCCCUGAUGACCCUGCACGGAAGACCAAGGCCCUGCUCCAGAUGGUCCAGCAGUUUGCAGUGGACUUUGAGAAGCGUAUUGAGGGCUCUGGAGACCAGAUCGACACCUAUGAGCUGUCUGGGGGAGCCCGCAUUAACCGGAUCUUCCAUGAACGCUUCCCCUUUGAGCUAGUCAAGAUGGAGUUUGAUGAGAAAGAACUUCGAAGGGAGAUCAGCUAUGCCAUCAAGAAUAUCCAUGGCAUUAGGACGGGCCUCUUCACUCCUGACCUCGCUUUUGAAGCCACAGUGAAAAAGCAGGUGCAGAAGCUCAAAGAGCCCAGUAUCAAGUGUGUGGAUAUGGUAGUCAGUGAGCUCACGACCACCAUCAGAAAGUGUAGUGAAAAGCUCCAGCAGUACCCUCGGCUGCGGGAGGAGAUGGAGCGCAUCGUGACCACCCACAUCCGGGAGCGUGAGGGCCGCACCAAGGAGCAGGUCAUGCUUCUCAUCGAUAUUGAGCUGGCUUACAUGAACACCAACCACGAGGACUUCAUAGGCUUUGCCAAUGCUCAGCAGAGGAGCAACCAGAUGAACAAGAAGAAGGCUUCAGGCAACCAGGAUGAGAUUCUGGUCAUCCGGAAGGGCUGGCUGACCAUCAAUAAUAUUGGCAUCAUGAAGGGGGGUUCCAAGGAGUACUGGUUUGUGCUGACUGCUGAGAAUCUUUCCUGGUAUAAGGAUGAUGAGGAGAAAGAGAAGAAAUACAUGCUGUCUGUGGAUAACCUGAAGCUGCGUGACGUGGAGAAGGGGUUCAUGUCCAGCAAGCAUAUAUUUGCCCUCUUCAACACAGAGCAGAGGAAUGUCUACAAGGAUUAUCGGCAGCUGGAACUGGCCUGUGAGACACAGGAGGAGGUGGACAGCUGGAAGGCCUCCUUCCUGAGGGCUGGCGUGUACCCCGAGCGUGUUGGGGACAAGGAGAAAGCCAGCGAGUCGGAGGAGAAUGGCUCAGACAGCUUCAUGCACUCCAUGGACCCACAGCUGGAACGGCAGGUGGAGACCAUCCGGAACCUGGUAGACUCAUACAUGGCCAUUGUCAACAAGACAGUGCGGGACCUCAUGCCCAAGACCAUCAUGCACCUCAUGAUUAACAAUACCAAGGAGUUCAUCUUCUCAGAGCUGCUGGCCAACCUGUACUCCUGCGGGGACCAAAACACACUGAUGGAGGAGUCGGCGGAGCAGGCGCAGCGGCGCGACGAGAUGCUGCGCAUGUAUCACGCGUUGAAGGAGGCGCUCAGCAUCAUCGGCGACAUCAACACGACCACCGUCAGCACGCCUAUGCCCCCGCCCGUGGACGACUCCUGGCUGCAGGUGCAGAGCGUACCGGCCGGACGCAGAUCGCCCACGUCCAGCCCCACGCCGCAGCGCCGAGCCCCCGCCGUGCCCCCAGCCCGGCCCGGGUCGCGGGGCCCUGCUCCUGGGCCUCCGCCUGCUGGGUCCGCCCUGGGGGGGGCGCCCCCCGUGCCCUCCAGGCCGGGGGCUUCCCCUGACCCCUUCGGCCCCCCUCCCCAGGUGCCCUCGCGCCCCAACCGCGCCCCGCCUGGGGUCCCCAGAAUCACUAUCAGUGACCCCUGAGGAAUGUCAGCCACGCAGGAAGGGCCCAGCCUCACCUACGCGACCUGCAGCCCCCCGACCAGCUGAGGCUCCCCUCUUAGACUUAUAAGUCUGUGGCCACUGGCAUCCGGCUGCCUGCCUCCCCUUCCCCCCGGGUCCCCUCAGAGGACUCCUGGGCUUUCCAAUCACCGAGGGGCCUCCAGUGCUCCUUCACCCCUUUUAGCUUUGCCCUCCUGGUUCAAGUCUUCUUUCCAGCCUGGUGGCUGCUGUGGAGGCUAGGGGUAGAACACAGGGUAAUCAGAGGUGGGGUGGCCCCACGGCCAGGCUCGUGUCUGAACUGUGGGAGCACUGCCUGGGUGGCGAGUGAAGGUUGUGUGUGUGGUGGAGCAGGGCUGCCCUGCCUGCACUAGGCUAACUGGGAGCGCUGGUCCAGCCACCUCCAGCUCCUCCAUUCCAUUUGCCUUCCCUUUUCUAUCUGUCCAUCUGUCAGUUUCCUCUUUUCCAGAAACUUGCCCACGCCCACAGCUGCGUCACCUGUCAGGGCGUGGCUGCUCCUGCCUUACCAGCUCUCUCCUUCCUUCUCUCUCUCGUUUUCUCUUGGUUCUCUCUCCAACUGCCAGCCGAUCGGGUCAGGCAAGUCCGUCCCGUCCUGAGAGCCCCAGGCCCCCCUUCGACCUCUAACCAGAUCCCUCCUAUUCCUCGGAGACCUCCCUCUCCAAGCCUGCCUGGACAGCUGCUCUGUGACUUGACAGUGGCCCCCCACCCCGGCCCCAAAGCAUCCCUUUUCAUCUGUGACUUAGUCUGCCGUAGUGGUGAGCUGACACAUCCAGGCGUGACGUUGGUGAAAACUUGUGUCCCUCUGUGGUAUUGCUCCCGCCCUGUUCUAUAAAUAUCUAUAAAUACUCUAUACAUAUAUAUACAUAUAUAUGGCUGACUCAGCCGCGCCUCUAGUGUUGGGAAUCAGUCACCAUGCUGUCCUUGUGGAGUCGUGUGGCCCAAAUACAAGGGAAUGCUGUUGCCCUGAUGUUCCCGGCUCCACAGUGUGCCACCUUCAGUGAGCCUCUCUGUCCUGCUCGGCCUGUGGACAGCCAGCCCCUUCAGCCAUCCUUCCGUUGCCGCUCGAAGCAUGGGGGCACUGUGCUGGCAGCUGCUGGCUCUCUGAAGGCCUCCAGUCUUGCUCUCGGCUGAGAAUAAAACUCAUUCCUGGACGAUGGGGAACCGUG